AUCGGUUGAAUCUGACACACUCUUCUCCUCUCACACACACUUACGCGCACACACACACUUACACUUACACACAUACAUACACAGACACAGUCAGAGUCACUCAGUCUCUUGAGAGCUAUGCACAGGGACUUUGUGCCUGUUUUAGGCUUAAAAUGAAAAAGAAAAAAACUUGUGCCUCGUCAUUGAAACGUUGCUGAAUUUUUUUCUUCGUCGAGUUUUGAAAUCCAAGAUUCUUCAACGCUGUUUCAUUUGCUCGGGAGACAAAAAAUAAUUUCAGACUAGUGGAAGAAGAACGAGAAAGGAAAGAGGGAUAAAAGUGCAAGGACUCAUCCAGAACUGCAGUCUAUGGAAAUGCAGGAUCUAGCCAGUCCGCACAGCCGAGUCAGUGGUAGCAGCGAAUCUCCGAACGGCCCAAACCUCGACAACUCACACCUUAACAACAAUUCCAUGACACCAAAUGGCACUGAAGGUGAUAACAUCACUAUGCUCACGACAGCCGACUGGUUAUUAAGUUCUAAUUCACAAUCCACUGCAGUUAAAACAGAGCCAAUGAGCAGCAGUGACAUCACCACGUCUGUAGCAGACGGCUCGCUAGACAGCUUCUCAGGAUCAGCUAUUGGAAGCAGUGGCUUCAGCCCAAGACAAACUCACCAGUUCUCUCCGCAGAUCUAUCCUUCCAACAGACCUUAUCCGCAUAUUCUUCCUACUCCUUCUUCACAAAACAUGGCAGCGUAUGGACAGACACAGUACAGCACGGGAAUGCAGCAGGCCUAUGCCACUUACCCUCAACCAGGCCAGCCUUAUGGCAUCCCGGCCUAUGGUCCAUUGUGGGCAGGAAUCAAGACGGAAAGCCAAGCUCAGUCUCCAGGACAGAGCAGCUUCCUCAGUUAUAGCUCCAGCUUCUCAACACCACAGACGGGACAAGCACCCUACAGCUACCAAAUGCAAGGAGGCAGUUUUACAACGACAUCGGGACUGUACGCAGGAAGCAAUUCCCUCACAAACUCGACUGGAUUUAACAACACACAACAGGACUACCCAUCCUACCCUGCGUUUGGCCAGGGUCAAUAUGCGCAGUAUUACAACAGCAGCCCCUACACAUCGCCCUACAUGACCAGCAACAACACAAGUCCCACCACACCAUCCACCACGGCCACAUAUACACUGCAGGAGCCACCGUCUGCCAUCACCAGCCAGGCUCUGACCGACCAAUCAGCAGGAGAGUACAGUACAAUCCACAGUCCAUCAACCCCCAUUAAAGAUUCAGAUUCGGAUCGAUUGCGUCGGGCCUCGGAUGGAAAGUCACGUGGAAGAGGAAGAAGGAACAAUAAUCCGUCUCCACCUCCGGACUCUGACCUUGAGCGUGUGUUCAUUUGGGAUUUGGACGAAACGAUCAUUAUUUUCCAUUCCUUGCUCACAGGGUCUUACGCCAACAGAUAUGGACGGGAUCCACCAACAUCUGUGUCACUGGGGCUCCGAAUGGAAGAGAUGAUCUUCAAUUUAGCAGACACACAUUUAUUCUUCAAUGACCUAGAAGAGUGUGAUCAAGUCCACAUUGACGACGUUUCCUCUGAUGACAACGGUCAAGAUCUGAGCACUUAUAACUUCAGUACGGACGGCUUCCAUGCCGCUGCCACCAGUGCCAACCUGUGUUUGGCGACCGGUGUGAGAGGAGGAGUGGACUGGAUGAGAAAGCUGGCCUUCCGCUACAGACGAGUAAAAGAAAUUUACACCACCUACAAAAACAACGUCGGAGGACUGUUGGGUCCGGCCAAAAGGGAGGCCUGGCUGCAACUACGAGCAGAAAUUGAAGCUUUGACAGAUUCCUGGUUAACACUGGCACUAAAAGCACUAACACUAAUCCACUCAAGGUCAAAUUGUGUGAACAUCUUAGUAACCACGACGCAGCUUAUACCUGCCCUUGCGAAAGUGCUGCUCUAUGGACUCGGAAUAGUUUUUCCAAUUGAGAAUAUUUAUAGCGCUACAAAAAUAGGCAAAGAGAGCUGCUUCGAGCGAGUAAUUCAGAGAUUCGGGAGGAAAGUUGUUUACGUGGUGGUGGGAGACGGAGUAGAAGAGGAGCAGAGCUCCAAAAAGCACAACAUGCCCUUCUGGAGGAUCUCCAGUCAUUCGGACCUCAUGGCUCUUCAUCACGCGCUGGACUUGGAGUAUUUGUAGCACUGUGUCCUCCUCAACUCACGAUUUUUACUCAGCACGGACUGACAACAGAACGUUAACACACUUACCGUGGGAAAAGAAACCCACGACUUGUCUUAACCCUAAAACCUCGGCUCUUGGUUGAGCAGUCGACUGGAGGAUUGCGAAUUUUUUACGACGCUGCAGCUGCGGGGUUACUGUGAAUUGACUCGGCUUCGUUUUGAAAAAGCCGUCAGAAUGUUUUCCGGAUUUUUUUUCCAGGAAAAAAAAAAAAACUCUGUGAGGGUUCACACCUGUGAGGAAAUUACAGUGAGCUACCGGCGUCCCUUUUGGCUCUUAGCAAGACUCUGAUCCCACCGAGAUUCAGCGUGAUUUCUUGCGUUGGCUCGAAACCACUGCGCCGGAUGUCCUAAUUUAUAUUCAGAGACUUUGUUGAGAGCGCCACCUCCCGGCGAGAGACUUGUCGCCUUUUUGUUGUUGUGUGUUUCUCACCAUGCAGAGUACUUAGACAAGAAGACGUUUACGGAAAAGAAGAAAAACGGAUUUUCUAAUAAUUUAAGGAAAAGAAAAACUUUAUCUGCAUUUGCUCAGACAAUCAUACGUGUACAGAAUACGGCGGGUUUUGUGUGUGUGUGUAUAUUUUUAAUCACUGGACUAUUCCUUCUUGUUUUUCUUUAGCUAUUUUGCUAUUCAGUGCUUUUUUUUUCGUGGAAGUACUCUAAGGCAGGAGUGCACAAAAAACGUGUGCAGGAGCCUUAAAGUGUUGCUUAAUGGUUUGGAGAUCUGAAAGCAUUUUUGUCAAGACCAAAAGCACGGAUGUCAAGUGUCAAUGAUUUCGUAUUUUGUUUACGGAUUUAUUGAUUAUUUUAUUGUUAUUAUUAUUAUUAUUAUUAUUAUUAAUAAUAUUUUUCCUCCCUUGCUAGUUAAAGUUUCUGUAUUUAAUUACAGAAUCUCAGUAGCAUUUUAUUUUAUUUUUUUUGAAAUACCUGUAUUUAUGGGAUGACACACAUCAGAAAAGAAAGUAACAAUCAAAAUGAAUGUCAAGUUUGGAGUUGAGCAUCAGUACGCUCAUCACUGACUCCUUUCUGUUUAGCGUUCUGUUUAAAAGCAUUUAGACCUCACAAUAUUUCAAGGUUUUGUUAUCUUUUGUACUGGCACUAAAAGGCAGAAACUCUUGUACAUUAAGUGUAAUUUUUGUAUGAAGUAGUCUUUUUCAUUUUGAUUUUUGGAAAUGUCGCUGUAGAAAUUCUUUAUAGUGCUUAGAUAAAUAAGACUGUGGACUUGGGAAACUUUAAAGCUCUAAGGACUGUCAGAAAGCCACUACACACACAUACACACACACACACACACACACACAUAAAGACGCGAAGGGGUCAAGAACACACACACGCUACCGACUGUGAAUUUCCUCAGCAGGAAUUGAACCUGUGUGUGAGUUUCUGACUGGUUUCUGCUCCGUCGUCAGUGUUGCUUCAUUCCUGCAGGUGAAGUGUUCUACUGCCCCUUCUACCCAUUACCCCAUCUACAUCCUACCCUCUCUAAACCUACUCGCCCUUUUUCAAUCUUAUAUAUGCUUCUCAACCCAUAAAACCCCACUUAUAUAAAAUCAGCCCAUUUAAUCUGCCCCGUAACCCCACCCCAGCUUAACACCACCACAACUUAAAUUUGUCCCCUUCCCCCCCUCUCCUACCAUAUAAAAUUUGCCCAUUUACUAUGCUCCUUCCUCCUGUCCCCCAGGGUAACACAUAUUGCUGCUAGUUCAUGGUCAUAUUAGAUGGGAGAUGUUUUAUACAGUAAGCUUUUUUUUUUUUUUUUUUAAAGAAAAAAAUAUUGCAAUCAUAAUGCAAACUGGAAAAACAUUGACGUGGGCCUUGUCGUGAACACGCAAACAUUUGUUGUGUCUGAAAAAAAUAUAGAUAUGUACAGAUGUUUUUUUUUUGACAUUAUUAUUUGAUUGUGUUUAAAUUAAUAAAACAUUGAUUUGUGAACUGGUACACACA